AUGCCACUCGCAAAGAAUCUCCUUCAUCCCUCCCUGAAAGAGAAGAUUCGGAAGCACAAGAAGAAGUGCCUGGUGCAGAGCCCCAAAUCCUACUUCAUGAACAUGAAGUGCCCACAAGGCUACAAAAUCACCACCAUCUUUAGCCAUGCACUUUUGUGAGUUGGCUGCUCCACUAUCCUUUGCCAGCCUAUAGGAGGAAAAGCAAGGCUUACAAAAGGAUGCUCCUUCAGACAGAAACAGCACUAA